AUGUCACUACUGCGCGAGGUUAAGCCUCGCAAUGCGCGUACGGCACGCAUCGUCAAGGCCAGAGAACCUCAGCAAGUUGAGUCAAGAAAACGAGUACUCUUGCUACACGGCACGAAAUGUCCACUGCCUAUAAGCACUGUCCUGACGACCCUUGCCAAACUCACCCAGCCAAACUCCGUCAAGCUCAACAAAAAGAACGACAAUAUUCAUCCAUUCGAGGACCCGGCUUCACUUGAGUUUCUUGCCGGCAAAAAUGAAUGUGGUGUCGUCGUUUUUGGUACGCACUCGAAAAAGCGACCGAAUAACAUCACCUUACUACGCACCUUCGAUAACCAUGUACUCGACAUGGUGGAGUUGUUACUGCUCACAUCACAAGAUGAUAUGGAGAUAAAUCGAAGAAUAGAAGUUGGUGUCGAGAUGAAACCGAUGAUUCUUUUCGCUGGUUCACAGUGGGACGACACCUCAUCCUCAGCCCAGGCCUCUAUCUACCAGACCCUAAGAUCAUUGUUCCUCGACCUAUUUCAGGGCGAGGAGAUCCCGGCAAUCGAUGUUGCAGGGCUGCAGUAUGUUCUGAUGAUCGCUGCUGGAGAGUCUGGUAAUUCUACAGAUAUGAAUGAUCCCACCAACAAGCCUCUGAUACACCUCCGAUGGUAUAAAGUCAGCACCAAGCGAUCAACAUCGCCAAAGAUUCCACGUGUGGAGCUGGAUCCCGUUGGGCCAGUUUUCGACUUCCGUGUUGGUCGUUUCCGUGAAGCUGACCCGUCAGUCAUGAAAGAGGCAUUGAAGCAUGGCAGAAGACCGAACGAAGCACGUACCAAGAAGAAUAUUGAGACUGACUUGGUUGGAGACCAAAUUGGCAGAGUGCACUUGGGCAAGCAAGAUCUGUCUCAACUCCAGACCCGCAAGAUGAAGGGCCUGAAGCGAACGCAUGCUGAUAUAGAGGGCGAAGAAAACUCCACCAAUGGCGAUUUGGAUGGAGAGGACUUCAUCAGCGAAGAUGAGGACAUUGCUGGUGGUGGUAUGGUGCUGAACGACGAGAACGGCUCUGACGAGAGCAGCGUCGGUGCGAGUGGCGAUGAGAUCAGCAUUGGUGAUGACAGCGACGAAGAGAUGGCAGAUGGCGACAAUGUCGAUGCCUUACCAAAACGCCAAAAGCUCUCAUGA